CAAGUCAGUUGCUCCCCAUUGCUAGAACAUCAGUAUAAAAUUAUCUAUCUGAAUAAAUCUUGAUCCGAAAAUAAAAUAAAAUCGUUAUUUAAAAAAUGGAAUUCAAAACUAAUUCUCCGGUCAACCCAACAGACAUUUCGAUACCAAUCAUCGAUGCCAGCAGCGAACUUAAAGAAUUCAUUGCAAAAAGUCCAGCCGAAAUUGAUGCAAGCAUUUUGACCAAUGAUGAUCAAGAAUCAGAGGAACUUUCAGUUGUCGUCGACGACAUGGAAACGGAGCCAGUCAUAUUUCCAAAAAUAUCAGACCAAGAUAUAAAAAUGGACCCAGAACAGCCUUCAAGGAACAGAUUCACACAAAAUGACCUUUUUAGUGACAAAUCAAAAUCAUUUAGCGAAGCAAAUUCGCAUAAAAUCGCAAACUUAACCCCAAGUUGCGGUUUUGUAAAUCAAUCUGUAUACAACAAUCAAAACAUUCUGGAACAAUUCAUCGGUAACUGGGCAGUCUUUCAUCAAAUGCUUCACAGCAAGCAGUCCGCGCCUCAAGUGCCGCCGAACAACAUUCGAAGUGCAGAAGUUCUAGCCAGUCUGAUUCAAGCAACAAAUCUGGAAAUGGAGCGAAGUAGACAAGUCGCUAAGAUGCAGCAGAUGAGUCCCCGGCUGAGUGGUGCUCUUCUACAGGCCAGUGCUUUAGGGGGAAUAAAUCCAGGAAUGAUGCAGCUCCAGCCUCAGAAUAUGCCUUUUCCGCAGAAGACAAUGGCGUUUCCAACAUUUAAUCAGCAAGGGUUUCAAUUCAACUCUGCGUUUAUGCCGAUGCAGACACCAGGACUACCAAUGAUGCACAAAUUGGCCACGCACGGCAAGCUACUUCCACAUGGAUACCUGAACCCAGUCAUCAAUGCAGCGCCCUUUCAAACUACCCAACUGUUUAGCGCAACGUCUGGUCAAAAAGUAUCCCCGAACAAACAUUUAAACCAAGUGCGUGGGCUGAACUCAAAAAUCAUUAAAAGUACGGCUAAAGAACAACUAUUUCCACAAUCAUUGACCAAAUCAACAAUCAGUAAACUGAACUCACGGACAGCUAAUGCAAGCCUGGACCAGAAACAAAACGGAAGACUUGCGGCUAGUUGCAAUAACUUCAAGACUCCUCUUAGGACUUCCAAAGGAAACUGUGGAGCUACUCGACUCUUGAAAGAGAUGGACAAUUCUAUGAUGUCAGGAGUUUCAGUGGUGCAGAUGACCGAGAACUUGACUGCCAAUCAUCUGAGGAAGGCUAAGCUGAUGUUCUUCUAUCAAAGAUACCCAAACUCGGCUAUUCUGAGACAGUUUUUUGUGGACGUCAAGUUCAACAGGUCUAACAACGCACAACUUAUCAAGUGGUUUAGUAAUUUUCGAGAGUACUACUACAUCCAAAUUGAGAAGUUCGUCAGGGACACUUUGCAGAAGCACAAAAACAAGUUUUUGUCCAAUGAAAAUCGGACACAUAGUUCUUACAGCUCAGCAUCCGAUUUGACCAACCAAAAUAAAGAGUUCUCGGGGUUCAGUCCAAAACGAGCCAAUCAGAAUCGUCCUUUCGACAUCGAGUCUUUGAUUGGCGACCACGAAGUAACGAACUCGGAAGAGCAGUUUGAGGAGCUGCGACAGGCUUUGACGAUUGACAAGAAGUCAGACUUGUUCAAAAACUUGAACACGCACUACAACAAGACGAGCAAUUUUGAGGUGCCGGAUGAGUUUAUGAAUACAGUGAACGUGACCAUCCAGCAUUUUGCAGUGGCAGUGUCGAGCGGGAAGGACAGGAACUCCGGGUGGAAGAAACAGAUCUACAAGGUCAUCAGCAAAUUAGACACCAACAUUCCUCACUCAUUCAGAACUGCGCUCGGGUCCCAAUUGCCAGCCCAGAAAUGAACACUAUAAAUUACGUUCACAAAAAACUUUUUCUUACAUGAUAAUAGAACUUCAAAAACUCAUUUUCGCUUUGAAAUUUGUUGCAUAUUAUACAAGUAUAGACUUUUUCAACGCUGCCAAUCAAUAAAAUACGAUAAAUGAUGUAUAAUUUGUA